GCCCCCGCCGCGCCCAGCUCGCUGCCGCCCUGUCACCAACAGAUGUCGCCCCCGGUCGACUCCACCCACGCACCGCUCAUUGGCCACUGCGCGAUCGUCGCGCCGCCUGACGAGCCGCCGAAGAAGCAGCGCGGCCGCAAGAAGGGCCAGACGAAAAGCUCCGGCGCUUGGGUGGCGCGCAAGGUACUAGGUCGACCGGUUGGCACCACCCGCGCCAACGGGUACAAUGUCGGCUUGCGCGGCGGCCGCAAGAAGGGCACCACCCGCGCCAAUGGUUACAAGGUUAGCGGUGGCCGGCCCAAAGGCACGACGGCUGCCAACGGGUACAAGGUCAGCUCAGGCCGUCCCAAGGGCACCACCGCGGCUAAUGGCUACAAGGUGGGCUUAGGCCGACCCAAGGGCACCACGGCGGCCAACGGGUACAGGGUGGGCCGCGGCGGGAGCCGACCCAGGGCUGAGCAGCACCACCAGCAGCAGCAGCAGCAGCAGGAGUCUUCCCCGGGCGGCCCCGGAGGAUGUCGGGCAGCAGUACCCGACAUCCGACGCGGCCGGCACGCAGCCGUUUCCGGAACAUGAGUGCCCGGACGUGAAGAUGGUGGAUUUUCGGUACCCAUUGCGCAGAGUGGUGCCGAACAUGGUCCGAAUGGAGGUGACUCCGGAGAUAAUCGAAGACUCUCCCGCCUCGGCGCACCACCAGAGCUCUCCGCCGUCCUCCCCGUGCCAGGCCGUCUCGUACUACAAGCCGCCGCCGCUGGUGGGGCUCGGCGAGUCGGCACCGUCGCCUUCCGUACUCGCUCCUGCCGCCUACCUGCCGCCCGCCGCCGCCGUCGCCUCGGGCUACGCGUCACCGCCGGUGGCGCCCCCGCGGAGCGUCACGCCGGUGUCAGGGGCAUCCCCUGGCGGACACCUGCCGGGCGCAGCGCCGGCGGCGGAGCUCUGUCCGUACCCGGCCCCCAGUCCGGCGGCGUACGAGCCGGCGCCGGCCGACAGGACCCCGACAUACGGCUUCCCCCCAGCCCACCCCACCGGCUCGCCCGCCGGCAUCAAAAGUGAGUUCCCCGACACUGAUCCUGGCUAUGCUCUAUACAGCCCGACACAGCCGCCGGUCAUGAUGUCAGCCCACGGAGCUGGGCAUGGCGUCACGUCAGCCGACUGCGAACCGCCGUCUGCGCUCUCGACGUCCGCCUGCCAGUCACCGCCCGCCGACGGGUCCGCGGGGUACGCGGGUGUUUCGAAGCAUGAGCGCCCCGAGUUCGCGCCCUCUGCGACUGACCUGGCACCCAGGCACCUGGGGCUGUUUGCCAUGCCCUGCCCCGCCUACCCUCCCUGCCCCCCGGCUAAGCUGCUCGGCUACUCGCCGUGCCCUGGCGCCGUGCCCCCGGGCUAUCCGCCGUCGCCGGCUGUCCCGCCGGCCGAGCAUCAGCCCGUCCCCGACGGCAAGUCCGUCUGGUACUCGCCGCUACCUGUUCACGCGGCUCAGACCCUGCUGCCGGCGCCGUUCACGGCCACCUGUCACUGGGGAGCGCCGCUGGCCAGCCCGCCCGUGUCGCAGGCCGGCGCGUGCGAUGUCGCCUUCUGCAGCCCGGCCAGCCGCUAG